AUGUUGAAACAGUUGCUUCAAGGUCAAGUUGAUGGUGUUGUGGAAACAAGCAAGAAGUUGGCUGACAUUAACUCAAAGAUUGAGUCCUUGAACACUAGAGUUUACAGCUUGGAAAACCAUGCUGCUUCUUCUGCUGCUGUAAAACAAGGACAACUACCUGAAAAAGCUGUUCAGAAUCCUAAGGAUUAUUGCAAAGCGAUCUUCACUCAAGAAGAAGGACUUCAUGAACAAGAUGAUAAUGAAAGAGCCAUUGAGGAGUUUUCUAUCCACACUUCACCAGUUGAGCUCGCACAACAAGCUCGAUCGAGUCAGAUUGCUUCAUCAGCUCGAACGAGUCAGACAGUCUCUGCUCGAACGCCGAUUUUGCUUGAACCUUACCAGCCAGUUGACCCAUCAUCAGGGCACCUACACAGUCAAGGUCAGAAGGAAGUGAUUCACAAGUUUACAAGAGAUCUCAAUGAGAUAGGAGUUGAGCUUCCUAGUAUAAGAAGUAUGCAUGAGGCAUUUGAACAAAUGAAGUUGAUUCAAGAUGUGUUUGAUAACAAGGACAAAGUGUCUCAGCUUCUGGAGCUUUCUACCCUUCAAACCAACCUCCUAAACUCGCUUACCUUCUUACCAAAGCUGGCGGAUCAAGGAAAGUUCACACUACUGAUGAUAGGAUUUGUGUGUGUGUGUGAUAUGAAAUGA